CACCAACACUAUAGAAACCUGUAUAAAAAGUACACAUUAUUGCAAUAACUUAUGUAAAAUUAUAGUUCAAAAUUAUAGUCCAAUUUUCUUUGAAUAAUCGGGGGUACUACUCUAAGCUUUGUUGAGUGUAGCUACGGCUAUAGGGUGGGUACGCGAGAAUUCGGGUUCGGCCACUAUCAUAGGCCUAGCGUCCUCUGACUUUUGGGGCCCAUGUCCACUCUAAAUGGCCGCCUCCCUAGAACCAGUAGGUAGAGGGAAACUUUACAGCAGACUAAGAGUAAAGAAAGCACCAAAAUAUUUCAGGGAUACGUUUUAUAGAUAAAUACCUGAAGCAUGUUUUAUAUUAGGAUGUUUUUGUCCUAUAGAUCUAUUAUAUUUUGGGUGGUUUAGAACCACGAAAUCUCGCCACUACUGCGGUAGAACAUGUGACUGGGGAUGGAUUGUGGUGGUAAGCUAAUAUCGCCAAGGCGGCUGAAAAAAGCAAUCUCACAGAACUAUCGCCAAACGUCAUCACGCUCAUCUAAUUCCUCUGAAUUAUAGCCCAUGAAAGGGUACAGGACGAAAAGAUGGCACACCAAGGUUCGAACGGGGUGCAUGACAUGUCGCCGCCGCCGUCUCAAAUGUGACGAGGCAAAGCCAUCGUGUCGCCGUUGCAUUAUAAACAGAUUCGAAUGCACCUAUUCAUAUACUGAGUCACGGAACCAACACCGACUUGUAAUGUUGCUACCGCAGCCAAGUGCAGCGGUGGCACCGCUCCAAAAACAGCCAGAAUCCGCUGAUCUAGAGACAUUUCACGUGUUUAAAGAGUACGCUCUUUCCCACUGUUCAGAUCUGUUCGACGAGGAAUUUUGGCGUGUCUUUAUGCUUCAGGCUGCUCAGAGAUAUCCGGCCGUGUGGCAUGCUGCUAUGGCCAUUGGGUCAGCACACAAUCAGCAACUACUCCAAACCUCGACCAACAAGACCAACUACAAGGCAUUGUCACACUAUAGCAAGGCUCUACAGUACCUUAUUCACGUCGACCAUACCAAUCUACGUCCAGAAGACUGCGAGAUGUUGUUGCUAACCUGCAUCUUGCUGGUUGGCUACUGCACCCUCCAGGGGGAUAUGGAGCAGGCAGUGAUGCACAUUUCCAACAGCAUCUACGUCGCUAGUAACUGGAAAUUCUGGAGGCCUCAGAGGGAUUUUCUUUCAUCUAGCCAUCUAUCUGGCUGUGUUGUCCCCCCAAGACUCUUGAGAAUGGUAAUGCAAGGACUAGAGUCUCAGCUUUUAUUCUCGCCAUUUCGACCUCGCGACCAGCCACCAAUGGCAGAUAACGAUGAUACAGAAUCAGAGCUAUCAGAGCCGUCAUUCUGCUCUGCAUUAGAGGCAUACAGUGAGCUAUUGCCAAUCUCUCUGGCAUACUGGAGAGUAAAUAUUAAGGGGAACGAUGCACAAAGCAAUCCUAGCAGGGACGAUACUCAGAGUCAAACUACAUACCUAGUCGGGCCCAAGUCCAACAAAAUGCUCCAGGCUGAAUUUAAGUGGAAGGCCAUGUUCCACAGCUACAGGCGUUUAAUUGAUGAUCAAUACCGUCGUGGUGUUGUCGAUGAGGCCGAGUGGUGUCGUGUGCAAGUUUUGCAUAUACGGGACUUGGCUGGCGAGGCGGUCAAUCGGCUACAAAUGGCCAGUUUGCCGUUUAACACAUCCGAUGGCUAUAUUGCCCGCAUUAUCGCCAUUGCUGAGCAACUUGGUGCCAGUCAAGCAGGCGCUCGCAAUACUCUGUCUUCGGAAUCCAUGGCACUCAUCGGCCAGCCUUUAAAUAUCAUCGUCCGCAAAUGCCACAACUCCCAGCUCCGCCGGAGGAUUUUGACGCUAUUCAAGAAAUAUCCGUAUCAGAAGGGUAUUAAAAGUAGUGAUAUAUUAAUUCGUGUUUCAGAAGCUUUAAUAUUUUUUGAAGAGAAUGCAUGGCAGCAGAUACCUGUUGAUGGCUGCCGAUGUAUUCAGGGUAUAUUUAUUUGCAAUCAUCACCGGGUUACGGAAUCCAGAGUUACUUCGACGACAAAGAAGACCCUGGUUACAUUUAAAACCCGUCAUCACGAACAUAAAAACCUAGCCGCUGUAGAGAUAGCACUCUAAUAUUGCAUAAAAUUUACAUUUUCUUGUAUUGUGUCUACUAGCUGACUAUAUUUCCGGCGGAGCUUUAGCCAUAUGCAGAACCUCUAUAAUCCGACCAUUAUCCAGAGUAACCUUAAUGUCACAAUCACUAGAACCGCUGGGUCUAUGGCUGAUAGUCAAACGAGUGCAGCCAGCAAAGGCUUCGUUCAUGAGCGUCUGAACUCGCAUGUCGCUCUUGUUGUCCAUAUUGCUCGAUAUUUCGUCCAUGAGAAUGAUUUUCGUGGCACCCUCUUGGUGAUGGAUAAUAGCUCGUGCAAUGCCCAGAAUCUGUUUCUGGCCAGCUGAGAAGUGCAUGUCAUCAAUAGAGGCAGCAAGGCCGCCUCGCUCGGCAACAUGGUCCCAAAGGCCGACAUCUCUUAGUGCCUUUUCAACGGUCACAAUCUGAUUGCUAGUGACGGUUGUUUCUCCUAAAAUGGUAAACGGCAAAAGAUUGUCUCUCACACUGCCAGGCAGAAUGACAGGAUCUUGGGGAAUUGUCGUGAUGGCGCUUC